UUUUUUUUUGGAACCGAAACUGAAACUAAGAGAUAUUCAAAUCGAACCGUGUCUAUCACCCUGAAAGGCUUUUAAAUAAACAAUUAAAUAGAGCCUCCCUAUCUUUCUAUAUAAACUACAGAACCAGUAUUUAUUCGAAACUUAGCCUUAAUUGAAAACUUCCGUUGAAUCAUAAAUUACCCUUUCUAAGUCGAAUUUUUAAAAUUAGGGAUUCUAGGUUGUUUUCAAAUCAGGGUUUUUUGGAUUGGAAGUAAAUAAGCGAUGGCUGCAGUCGAACAAAUUACUGAAGGAGUUACCAAUUUGAGCGUCGUCGAUUCUGGAAAAAAGAAUCGUAUUCAAGUUUCCAAUACUAAAAACCCCCUCUUUUUCUAUGUUAAUCUUGCUAAGAGGUAUAUGCAGCAGCACAACGAGGUUGAGCUUUCUGCUUUGGGAAUGGCUAUUGCUACCGUUGUAAGUGUAGCAGAAAUCCUCAAAAACAGUGGGCAUGCUGUUGAGAAAAAGAUAAUGACAUCUACUGUUGAUAUAAGGGAUGAUUCAAGAGGGCGGCCAGUUCAGAAAGCAAAGAUAGAGAUUCUGUUGGAGAAGUCAGAGAACUUUGACAAGCUUAUGGCCGAGGCUGCAGCUGCAGAAGGAGAUAAUGCGGAUGAUGAAGAGCAAAGUUAAAAGAAAACGUUUCUCGUUCCUUAGGGCUUUUAGAAACCGUUGUUCACCAAGUAGUCUUGUUUUUUUCGUUACAAAGGUUCAUGUCUUUUUGAUUUUGAGGUGAGCAUGUAGUAAGCCUAGUAAUGUUUUUACUAGUGGAGCUCUGAACUGCAAUGUUUGAAGUCCAUUGGAUAUGGAGAACAUAUUUCCUUAUUCAGUUAUAUGAAUGUAUUCUUUUACUCA